AUGAAUGUGGAAAAGGAAUUUAAGAGCCUAGGAGCACCGAAAUUUAGAGAAGAAACUGAGGAAGGUCCCAUUGAUGUGGAUCUUUGGUUAAACGACAUUAAUAUUAUGCUUGAGGGUCUCUAUUGUUCUGAAAUAGAGAAGUUGGAUGGAGUAGUCUCAUUACUACAAGGACAAGCAUGGAUAUGGUGGACUAACGUGACAAUGAGAGCUCCUAGGGACAAAGUAGCAUGGUCAUUCUUUCUGGAAGAGUUCAAGAACAAGCUCCAAGUUUUGCUUUCACAAAGAAUGUACCUAUCUGUUUCAUUGAAACGAAAUUCUCGUCUUUGUUUCUUCUUGUUUUUGCAGUCUUACAUAGUGUACUUGGGAGGACACGGUCAUGGUCUGAAUCCUACAUCGGCUGAACUUCAAGAGGUCAAGAAUUCUCAUUACGAAUUGCUGGGUUCAUUUGUGGGAAGCACUGAAACAGCAAAAGAGAAAAUCUUCUACUCGUACACUAAGAACAUCAAUGGCUUCGCUGCUUUACUUGAUGAAGAAGAAGCAUCACAGAUAUCAAAGCAUCCGAAUGUGGUUUCGGUUUUCCCCAACAAAGGAAGAAAGCUACACACAACACGAUCAUGGGAUUUUCUCACAUUAGAGAGAAACGGAAUUAUCCCUUCGGAUUCUCUUUGGAAGAGGGCAAGAUUUGGUGAAGAUACAAUAAUUGGAAACCUUGACACUGGUGUCUGGCCGGAAUCUAAGAGCUUUAGAGACGAUGACAUGGGGCCUAUCCCGUCUCGAUGGCGAGGGUCAUGUCAACGCGGCGUUCGUUGUAACAGGAAGCUUAUCGGAGCCAAGUACUUCAACAAAGGGUAUGCCGCUUUCCUUGGCGAAGAACUCAAUGCGACCUUAAGGACUGUAAGGGACCUCGAGGGCCAUGGUUCCCACACUCUUUCAACAGCUGGUGGCAACUUUGUUCAUGGUGCUAGCGUUUUUGGUUAUGGCAAUGGCACUUCAAAGGGAGGUUCACCUAAAGCCCGUGUUGCUACUUAUAAAGUUUGUUGGCCCCCCGUCGAUGGUAACCAGUGUUUUGAUGCUGACAUCAUGGCCGCUUUUGAUGUUGCCAUAAGUGAUGGUGUGGACGUGCUUUCCUUGUCUUUGGGUGGUGAGCCGGCUGAGUUUUUUGAAGAUGGUGUUUCCAUCGGUGCCUUCCAUGCUGCCAAGAAAGGGAUUUCUGUCGUUUUAUCUGCCGGAAACUCUGGACCGACUCCCGGUACCGUAUCGAACUUGUCACCAUGGAUGUUUACUGUUGCUGCUAGCACAAUUGAUAGGGAGUUUACAAGUUAUGCUGAGCUAGGCAAUAACGUGCAACUCAAGGGAGCUAGCCUUGCUACUGCAGCAUUGAAAUCGAGAAAUUUGUAUCCGCUGAUCAGUGCUGAACAGGCCAAAGCGGGAAAUGCGUUGGCUGCUGUUGCUAUCCUCUGUCAAGCAGGAUCACUGGACCCCAAGAAGGUUAAAGGGAAGAUAUUAGUUUGUCUUCGUGGAGAAAAUGCAAGAACAGAUAAGGGAAGGCAGGCUCUUCUUGCAGGUGCAGUCGGCAUGAUUCUUGCAAACGAUGAAAAAAGCGGAAAUGAAAUUAUAGCGGAUCCUCAUUUGCUUCCGGCAACUCACUUAAAUUUCACUGAUGGUCUCACAGUUUAUGCAUACAUUAAUUCAACCAAGAACCCUACAGCAUAUAUAACUCCAGUGAAGACAAAAUUGGAUACAAAGCCUGCACCAUUUAUGGCUUCUUUCUCUUCUAGGGGACCCAACGUAAUCGAGCCAGCAAUCCUUAAGCCAGAUAUAACUGCACCAGGUGUGAGCAUCAUUGCUGCAUUCACUGGAGCACUCGGUCCAACUGAAGACGCCUUAGACAGUCGCAGAUUACCUUUCACCUCAAUGUCUGGAACUUCCAUGUCGUGCCCACAUGUUUCUGGUAUUGCUGGUCUUCUCAAGAGUCUCCACCCAGAUUGGAGCCCUGCGGCUAUAAGGUCUGCUAUCAUGACCACUGCAAGAACUAGAGACAACACUGUGAAUCCAAUGCUGGAUUCAGACAACAAGAUGGCAACCCCAUUCGAAUACGGCGCAGGACAUGCAAGACCGAACCGUGCAAUGGAUCCUGGUCUCGUCUAUGACUUAACAGUGGACGAUUACUUGAACUACUUGUGUGCUCGCGGCUACAACGAAACCUCGAUACAACUGUUCUCAGGCAAGCCGUACUCUUGCUCAAAAUCAAACAGAGUUACAGACUUGAACUACCCUUCCAUAACAGUCCCUGAACUCGAAAGCUCAGCAACCAUCAGAAGGAAAGUUAAGAAUGUAGGUACACCGGGGACAUAUAGAGCUCACGUCAGAUCACCUGCCGGAGUUUCGGUCACGGUUAAACCUUUGACAUUGACGUUUGAGAAGAUCGGUGAAGAGUUGAAAUUUAGAGUGACAUUUAAAACAAAGAGGAAAGCAGAUGCAGGUGGCGAAGGGUAUGCAUUUGGGGUGUUGACAUGGUCUGAUGGGUUUCACUAUGUUAGAAGUCCUUUGGUGGUGAAGCAUAAGUAGAAUUUCUUUUUUCUUUUUUUUUCUUUUAAUAUAUUGGGGGUUUGAUUUUAUUUCUCAUUCCAUUCUUUAGGAAAAAGUUUAGGAAGAAAUGCCAA